AGUUUCUUCAAUGACCUCAAAGAGAAAUGUCGUCAACGCGGAAUGUCGGUCGCUAGUGAGCCACUUCGGGUAUACUUCAAUGUGAAAGCGGAAAGAGAAGAGUUCAAGCGUUUCGUCAAAGAUGCGGCUGAUCGUUUUUCAAAAUUGGCAGACGGGAAAAUAUUGUUGUUACUAGUGAUAAACGAAGAACAAAAUAUACCCGACCGGGAUAUGUUCGAUAAAGGGCCUUCUUAUGGGUUGAUAAAGUCAGUAUGCGACAACGAGCACGGAAUCGCUAGUCAAGUCGUAGACGCCUCAACUGUGAGGAAAGCCACAUCAAUUGGAGAAAAGACAAUUUACUACAAUAUCGCAUUAAAAAUCAAUGCAAAACUAGGUGGAGUAAAUCAGGCGGUUGUUUUCGACGACGAAUCUCAGUCUGCCGAAGUUUCGGAUAAGGAUGCAGUUAUGUAUGUGGGAAUCGAUGUAACCCAUCCAACCAAUUUGAGUACCAUAGACAUUUCGAUUGCCAGUAUUGUAGCAAAUGUCGAUUUGGCUGCUACACGGUAUGUGAAUGUGUCAUCCGGUACAGUAGUUGACAACGUAGUGGUUUCUCCAACGUUUUUCGACUUUUAUCUAGCGUCUCAGAUAGGAGCCCUGGGUACAACUCGUCCAGCUCACUAUACAGUUGUUUGCGACGAUUGGAUGUUAACUCCGGAUAAAAUCUACGAAAUGUGCUACCGUUUGUGCUUCCUAUACGCCAGAUGUCGAAUACCUGUCUCAUUACCAUGUCCAGUCUAUUACGCACAUCGCGUAUGUGAAAAAGCCAAGGAAGUCUAUAAGUCACUAGACAGUGCUCACACAUUUGAUGGCCUCUCUGAGAUGGAGAAAAAGCAAAAAAUUGAACAAUGCCUGACUGUACCAGAAAACUAUCCUGGAAUGCAUUUCGUCUAG